CCUCGCUCCCUCCCUCCUCGCGCUGCUAGGUGCGCGCCAGCCUCGCGAUAGCCUCGCCUACCAGAAUCAAAGCUGCGCUCGCGAAUUGGAUGCUGACAGGCGCGCGGUGCGGUCAUCAUGCAAAGGUUACCGAGGAUCCGUUUCAGCGAGAGUCUGAGGAAGAAGAAGCCGCUCCUCCGCAGGACCCGCACGGCUCACAACAUGCCAGACGUGUAGCAGCGCGGACAAGGGAACUAAAACCAGAAAACUGCGGACUAGCUCGGCCUGUUUUGGCGACAGCAGGUGUCAAAACGAUGGACGCGAGUUCGGGAUUUCCGGCUGUGUGUACGCUGGCUCCUCUCGGCGGUAAAGUGGCUUCAUGAGUGUCCAAAGUAACAGUGGAAGUGGUGGUGGAAGUUUGGAGGCGACGCCAUCUUGGUCGCAGCUCUCCUCGUCCCCAACGAUUUCUCAACAACAUAUAACGGCGACCGCAAAGAGCAAGGAAGGAAGUGCGUACUUGUCUUGUGAUGGUGAUAACAUAAUCGUCUCACCUUACUGUGUCGAUGUCCUCGUGCCAGGCCCCAUGGAGGAGCUGCACAGCCUCGACCCCAGGAGACAGGAGCUGCUGGAGGCCAGGUUCACAGGAGCUGUCAGUGGCAACACAGUAGGCAGCACUGGGAGCACCAGUGGAGGUGCUAAGGGCCUGGCCAAUGAAUCCUCGAACCACAGCUACGGAAGUCUGGGUUCGUCAAGUGACAAGGAGUCAGAGAACUCUGAUUUGAAAAGAGGGAGCUCCCCUGCCUACUCAACCCCAGAGAAGAAACACUCUGAAUCGUCCAGAGGGAGGAAAAGGAAAGCUGAUACUUAUUCAGAGAGUAGUCAAGGGAAGACCUCCACACGGGGGCCCAAGAUCAGUGACUACUUUGAUUUCCAGGGUGGAAAUGGUUCCAGUCCAGUCAGAGGCCUCCCAUCAGCUCGCCGCUCUCCACAGAACUCGCACUCUGCACCAGGCUCAAUCAUCCGGCAGAACAGCUCCUCUCCCACCAGUCUAUGUUUCGGGGAGCACAACCCCAAAGCUUCCUCAAGCAAAUGUAUCCAGACGGAAUUGACAGGCUUAAAACUUGCUGCUCUGGAAAGCAACAAGAGUCUGGACCUGGAGAAGAAAGAAGGACGAAUAGAUGACCUUCUCAGGGCUAACUGUGACCUGCGGAGACAGAUCGACGAGCAGCAAAAACUCCUGGAGAAAUACAAGGAGAGACUCAACAAGUGCAUCACCAUGAGCAAGAAACUGCUCAUUGAGAAGAGCACACAGGAGAAGCAGUCAUGUCGUGAGAAGAGCAUGCAGGAUCGCCUCCGUCUCGGUCACUUCACCACCGUCAGACACGGCGCGUCCUACACAGAGCAGUGGACUGAUGGAUAUGCAUUCCAAAACCUGAUCAAGCAGCAGGAGGGCAUCAACCAGCAGAGGGAGGACAUUGAGCGACAGAGGAAGCUGUUAGCCAAGAGGAAGCCUCCGAACCCCGCGUCUCCCUCCCUGUCUGUAGCCUCCACAUCUGAACCUAAGCAGCGCAAAACUAAGGUGGUCAACGGCAAUGACUCAGACCCCUUCCUCAAGCCGUCCUUGCCCCAGCUACUGACCCUCGCUGAGUACCACGAGCAGGAGGAAAUCUUCAAACUUCGUCUUGGACAUCUGAAGAAGGAGGAAGCUGAGAUCCAGGCAGAGCUGGAGCGGUUGGAGCGUGUGAGGAACCUUCAUAUCAGAGAGCUCAAGAGGAUAAACAACGAGGACAGCUCAGCAUUUAAAGACCAUCCUACUUUAAAUGAGAGGUACCUGCUGCUGCACUUGCUGGGCAGGGGCGGCUUCAGUGAAGUCUAUAAGGCUUUUGACCUGUUUGAGCAGCGCUACGCAGCUGUUAAAAUCCACCAGCUUAACAAGAACUGGAGAGAGGAGAAGAAGGAAAACUACCACAAGCAUGCAUGCAGGGAGUACCGGAUACACAAGCAGCUGGACCAUCCCAGAAUAGUCAAACUCUAUGACUAUUUCUCCCUGGAUACUGACACGUUCUGUACAGUGUUGGAGUUCUGUGAAGGAAAUGACCUGGACUUCUACCUGAAGCAGAACAAGCUGAUGUCAGAGAAAGAAGCCCGCUCCAUUGUCAUGCAGAUUGUCAGCGCCCUGCGAUACCUCAACGAAAUCAAACCCCCCAUCAUCCACUACGACCUCAAACCUGGUAACAUCUUACUGGUGGAUGGAACUGCAUGUGGAGAAAUCAAAAUCACAGACUUUGGCCUGUCUAAGAUAAUGGACGAUGACAACUAUGGCGUGGACGGGAUGGACCUCACAUCACAGGGAGCAGGAACCUACUGGUAUCUCCCUCCAGAGUGUUUUGUGGUGGGAAAAGAACCGCCUAAGAUCUCCAACAAGGUGGAUGUCUGGUCUGUGGGGGUGAUCUUCUUCCAGUGCCUCUAUGGACGCAAGCCGUUUGGUCACAAUCAGUCACAGCAGGACAUCCUCCAGGAAAACACCAUCCUCAAAGCCACAGAGGUCCAGUUUCCAGCUAAACCACAGGCCAGCACAGAGGCCAAGGCGUUCAUCCGGCGUUGUCUGGCCUACCGCAAGGAGGACAGGUUUGAUGUUCACCAGCUGUGUUCGGACACCUACCUCCUCCCUCACAUGAGACGUUCAAACUCCUCUGGCUCCCUGCAGCCCUCCGCCUCAUCUCUGCCCACCUACUGACUCUCAAGACUUGACGGGACCCUCUGGCCGAUCUCAAGGCACGAUUGUUGAAAUCGGAGGAUAAUAGACGUGGAUUUUUUUUUUUUUUUUACCUGAGCUGUUCCUAUAAUGGAUAAAUUAGCAACAGAAGAGAGUAAAAUGGAAAUAUGAGAUGGAAAACGGAGAAGAAGUGGAAAGAGGAUGCUCCCAUUGUGUUGUACAGAGUUGUGCCCUUGAACUCAACGGUGUGAGAGAUGGGACAGAAUAUAAAAUGAAAGACUGAAAAACAGAAAGGAGGCAGAGAUGAGAGAGGCUCAGCACUGUUGGGGGAACGAUGAAGCUGGUGGAUUUGGUUUAGGACUUAAUUAACCCCUUAGGAGACAUUACAGCAGUAUAGGACCUCCUAGAUGUCCACACCCACCUCUCGUAGCUCUUCACACAUCUACACUUUCAUAAUACACCUUAUGAAAUGGUGAAUUGUGUCAGCAUGAGGCAGUCUUGUUGCUCAUGAGGGUGGCGGACAGAAGAAGACGGGUUAAUAGACGAGUGUUUGUACAUCAAAUAUCGACUACCUGCGAUUCAUUUUAAGGCACAAAAAGAUGGUUGCAUCUCAUUCAAUUUCCGCCUGCAGCUCCUCUGCAGGAGUUAACUUGAUAGACACACACAAAAAAAAAGAAGUUCCAGAUUAAAUUUCUGGGGUCGAUUUGCACUUCCGAGUCGGAUCACGUUGUCGUGGCCCCACGUUUGGCAUGAAGCAUCACAGUGUAGGCUCGCACUCGACUUAUCCAUAGUCAGAUCCUCCGUUCAGAGUUUUGUUGGUCCACAGAGAGCGGACCUGUGCAUCUGUCUUAAUCCAUUUUUCAAGCGCGAUGUUCGAGAAGGUGUGAAUGUUGCAGCACUGUGUUGUCGUAGACGUCCUCAUCGACCUGCCUGAAGAGGGCCGGACUUUUAUUAGAAGUUACUGUAUUGCAAAAGCUGUCAUCGGGUCACAGGAUUCAUUGUACAUUUCAUGUGCAGGAGACAUUACUCACUAGCAAAUAUAUAAUAACAAGGCUUUCCCUUGCUUCCCAGUGUUUCAGUUUGCUCCGUUUAUUUGUGUCCCCCCCUCUCCUGAAAGCUGUUCUCAGUUUUUGCUGCUAUAAAUGUUGCUUUUAGUUUUGUAACGUGAAUGAUUUUCACCGCGCAUAUGUGCAUACUUGAACUGUGUUAAGGAGCCUCUUUUUAUGAAACAGACACCUGCUGUGCUGUUCAAGGGAAUGCAACACAUUUUCUUCUGCCACCAUCAGACGUCUUCGUGUUUUGUUUUUUUUCUUGCUUUGUUUACUUUCCUGUAAAAGUCCAACAAACAUGGAGAGGAAUCCCGGCGUGCCACGCGGUACGGAGCGCUCACACCUGUUCAUGCCAGUUAAACGUGGGCGUUCCUGGUUGGCUGAGCUGCAGCUUGAUAUACUGCAGCUAGAAGUUAAAGUGGAAUAUAAUCCAAAUGUUGUCAUCCUGUAAAUAAAACACUUACCUGUA